UAGAGCAGAAGAAACAUCACUGGUUUCCAAAUCUUGUGACCAGCUGCCACCAACUGCUACUUGCACUUUCUCCAGCGCUCUACUCUCUGGAUCUCUGGCCAGUGUGAGCUGCUCAGACUCUCGCUCUCUCUCUCAAACACACACUCACACACACAUUUUUUUUUUUUUUUUUUCAAAUCUCUGUGAGCCUCCUGCUCCUGUGACUGUAGCUGUGGUCCGUCACCUGUACUCCUGUCACAGCAUGCAGCUCCUGAUGGUGAUAGCAGCUCUCAUGGGGGUUCUCUUCAGCGUUAGAGCAGCCGCCGUGCUUCCUGUGGAGGACAGGAGCCCCAUCCAUUUGAACAGGGAGCUGAGCAAAGAGCGCAAGGAGCUGAUCCUGAGGCUGGUGUCCGGCUUGUUGGACGGAGCUCUGGACACCAACAUGCUGCCGGGGGAAGCGGCACCUGUGGAUCUUGAGGAGCCGCUGGAGUCCCGACUGGAGGAGAGGGCUGUCUACAACAGGCUAUCGCUGCCUCAGCGUGACCGCAAAGCCCCCUGUAAAAACUUCUUCUGGAAAACUUUCACCUCCUGCUAACAACGCCCGUAAAAAAAACCCACCCGGCUCUGCCCGCCGACUGUACUCCUUCUCCUUCCAGCUCCACAUGAACUGUAGUAGACCUCAGCUGCACAUAUCAUCCACACCUGUCAGACGUGCGGCAUCGAUGGACUUCACUGAGACAGACAGUGCGUCUGUUUGAAUAUUAAUGAUUUAUGUAUCUAUUUAUGUAUACACUGUAUGUAUUUAUGUAUGUAACAUUUUAUUUUAGGGUCAACAAUAAAGCAUGGAUAUAAUAUUUGAGAUGGUUAUCACAGUUAAUUGCCUUUGAUCAAAACAAGAGAGAAGGUUGUAUUUUCCACCUGCUUCAACAACAUAAAUGCAAUGUCAAAUUUCA